GGUAUUUACUAUUGAUGUAUUUACACCUUCUAUCUACCUCGUUUAUUAUAACUAAUUAUUUCCCAGGUCCAUGCUAUAUAAGAGUCCAGAUAGCAUUUCAAAUAUAUAAUCUACAGAAAGAAGACAACAAACGUCACAUUCCAAAAUGCGGGAACUUUUCUUAACUGCGGUCGUCAGAGACGAUGACUUCACAAUGGCAUGUGCAGUCUUACAAGGCUUGACUUGGAUGAAAGCUCGUCAAUCCGUUCAUCGAAUCUUAUUCUUCCAUGGCCAGCCACAACCAAAGCCCUUCAAAAUCCCACGCAUAUAUCAGCAAUCACGCUUCCUACCGUUUUGGAAAGAGUUAAGCAACCAACUGGCCCGAUCGUCAUACGUCCUGCAGCUAGCCUACGAGGUAGCCCGUGAUAAAGAUUUCGGAAAAGGCACUACUAUGGAUUUCAAUGCUCUCCCAGGCACCUUACGAUGGACCGACUUGCCAGAUCCACUCCGGGACACGCCAAUCACAUCUCGAAAAAAGAUUGACAUCCCAGAUCAGUCUGCUCUGCUAGGGGCCAUGAAUGAGAAUAGUUUCCGAUACAAGAAUGAGCUGAUCCAGGAAAGCUAUUCCUUCGUGCGAGAGAACGUCGAGUUCGUGUUCAGCAGAUACUACCAUCUGCCCGAGCCUUCUUCAGCCGGACCAGCUGCAAGUCUCCCGGCUUGGGAAGACCUUCGGCCAGUGGACCCGGCCCAGAAGUGGGUGUUGAACGUGAAGCUCAAUGUAUUUGAUGACUCGCAGCCAGACAAGGUGAAGAAGGCAAACGAGGAGCUUCUAGGGGUAAAGGCAGAGCUGGAAAAGAUAUUCAACUUCCAAGCCAUCGACCGGAGAGUAUUCGAUACGAGGAUAGCGCCGCCACCGGUAAUACCUAUUCGUGGAUAGGGCUCUAUGCAAGCUAGCGUCUACCAGAUUCGGCUGCCCUUAGAAAUAUUGAGUGUCUAAUUAUCAACAUCCGUUGUACCGUUUCUCAAUAUGCUCUGAAUUCCUGUAGGUAGUUAGGUUAUUAUAAAUUCAAGCCCUCAUCACUUGACUUAUUUUACUGUUGGUGGCAUCAAGCUGAUUCAUGGGUUCUCUACUUCUUUCUAACUAGGACGAGUAUCUAGAUUAUGAAAUUACUAGUGUUGAAGUAGAGGGAGGAUUCAAAUAAGUCAAGAGCUACAUGUGGAAGCACACAUAGGGGGGGGUUCUUUUUCUCGCACAAACUCUGUAACGGAAAAAGUGAGGAAGGCCUUACUUGGAUUUCCCCCUAGGCAGAUUAGAAGACGAAUAUGAGACGGGGUAUACUGUACUUAGCAUACUGCGUACCUUCCCUGGCAGUUGAUGCCUGAGCACCAGAUCAUCUAAGUGGUACAGUUGAACGGCUCCAUAGUGUUCCAAGGCUGUUGAGCCCUAAUAUAAGUGGUCCUACUGGCAAUGGCGGCGUUCCUUCCUCGUCCAGCAUCGAGCACAAGCUGCUUAGGACGGCGUACCUUCCUGACAAACAGACAAGCAACUGAAUACAUAAAAAUUCCAACUUUCUCUUCCCACUUAUUGUCAUCCUUCCAUCUUCAUCCUCCCACCUCCCACCCAUCGUCUGUGUUUUUCGUCUUUCGUCUUUCGUCCUUCACUUCUCG